AUGCCGUGUCCUCAGGCCAUCCAUGCCGAGGCUGCGCAGCGGCCAAGAAGCCAUGCGUCGGCGGUCACGGCCAGAAGCUCAACUGCUUCAGCACCUGCUGCAGCCCCAGCUCCUGCUCCUGCUCUGACCCAUCCGGUGGUUGAAAACUCGACGGCGGCGCGUUUCGUGUCCAGGUUGAAGGAGAUCCAGAUCCAGCAACCCAAACCGGGCGUGGACCUGGCGCCGGCCUACGAUGGACCGUCCCCUCCCGUCUACGAGUACUUUACCCUCAACUCGGAUACAUCUCACGCAAAAUGCACAUUCAAGUUGCCUCCCUACCCCUACGCCGUCUUCCUCGCCCGCCAGUUUAUGAUCUACGUCGCCCACGACUGGCACUGGUUCCGUCUCCGCCGCUUCCACGAGCGUCUUGUCCGAGUCUACACGACGCCGGAUGCACCCGACUCCAAAGACCGCCUCUGGCUGUGCCAGUUGCUCGUGGCCUUUGUCCUCGGCGCGUCCAUCGGUGGCCACGAUCCCACGUCGCACGUUCGUCGUCCAGGCUCGGCGUCAGAGACACCAGUCCAAGUGUCGGCUGUGUCAAGUGUGGCAAGCCCCAUGCCCCCCCCGUAG